GUCGGCAUUAUCAUUGCCUCUCUAGUUGCGCCAGGAGCUGCCGCGCCACACUCUAGGCAAGAACAAGGCAUCUCUGCUAUCCCUGGCAGAUGGAUCGUCACUCUGAAGUCAGGCAUUGGAAAACGCGACGUAGAUCAGCACCUCGAUUGGAUCCAUGAUACUCACAGACAAAGCUUGUCUCUUCGUCAGACCACUGGGGUCGAAAAGGCAUUUGAAAUUGGGAAUUUUCAUGCCUAUACUGGCGAAUUUGACGAGGAACUGUUGGCCGAAAUCGAAGCCAAAGAUGAGGUCGUUGCGAUCGAGCCAGACCAUGAAGCUUCAUUGACAGCUCUCACCGAGGUCAGCGACCAACCCUGGGGUCUAGCCAGCCUGUCUUCGCGGACAAAACUCGCCAGCGUCGACGUGGAUCAUCAAACCUACAUCUACGACACGAGUGCGGGAACGGGCACAUUUGCUUAUGUUCUCGACUCCGGUAUUCGCAUCUCCCAUCCCGAUUUCCAGGGACGCGCAAUCAAAGGCACCAACGUCUUUCCCGAAGUUGCCCACGAUGAUGAUUUUGGGCACGGCACGCACGUCGCUGGCACCAUUGGGUCCUUGCGAUUCGGCGUCGCAAAGAAUGCGACUAUUGUCGAUGUGAAGACGACCAGAGUUGCUUACAGUACGACGGCCAAGAUUAUUGAGGCGUUGGAGUGGUCUGUACAGAAUAUCACCAACACUCCUGGGAGGGCUGGCAAGUCCGUCAUCAGUAUGAGCUUAGGU